AUGGUAGCUUUUGUGGACUCUUCUCGGCCAAGAGACCUCAUCUUUAUCCUGAUUUUCCAGAUGUCCAUAUGGGGCUCAGAUUCAUUCUUGGUGAUUGGCCCCUCUGAGCCCAUUGUGGCCAUACUGGGUGCAGACACAGUGCUGCCCUGUCGUGUGUCUCCAGCCAUGAGUGUGGAGAACAUGGAGCUGCGGUGGUUCCGCUCCCAGUUCAAUGAGGCUGUGUACGUGUACCAGAAUGGAAUGGAACAGACAGAAGAACAGGUAGUAGAUUUCAAAGGGAGGACAGAGCUGGUGAAAGAUUUCAUCACUGAGGGAAGAGUAGCUGUGCGAAUUCGAAGUCUCCGGGUCUCAGACAAUGGAAUGUACACUUGUUUUUUCAAAAGGGGUAGUGAUUUUGAAGAAGCUAUUUUGGAGCUGAAAGUAAUAGGUCUGGGUUCUGGUCCAUAUGUUUCCAUGGUGGGUCCAGAAGAUGGUGGAAUAAGGUUGGCAUGCAAAGGCAAGGGAUGGUUCCCCCAGCCUGAGAUACAGUGGAAGGACUCAAGGGGAGAGAAGAUAGCAUCUCUCUCUGAAGCUGAAACCCAAGACAAUGAUGGAUUGUUUCAGGUAGAAGCAUCCCUCAUUGUCAGAGACAGUUCGAAGAGGGAUAUAUCCUGCUUCCUGAAAAAUCCUUUCUUUGGACAAGAGAAGGUAGAAACUAUUUCCAUCCCAGAGCCCUUCUUCCCUAGGACUUCUCCUCUGAAGGUACCACUUGUUGUAGUUUGCUUGGUCCUUGCAACUUCUCUGGGAGCUAAUGUAUUCUUGGCCUGGAAAAAUCAACAAGAAAGGAAGAAAGCACAAAAAUUCAAAAAAGAAAAAGAGAGCGAAAUACAAGAUAAAGAAUCUCUCAAGAAAGAUCUGGACUCAAGGAAGAAAUUAUAUCAACAAGACUGGAGAAAAGCACAGUUAUAUGCUGACUGGAGAAAGGAACAGUUCACAGAAGUGACUGUUACUCUGGAUCCAGACACAUCUCAUCCCAACCUCAACUUAUCUGAAAGUAAGAAGCACGUGUCAAUAAAAAGUGGUCCUCAGAGUCUUGGUAACUCAACAAGUCAAGACCAAGGGGAUUAUGAAAACAUUCCCACUGUUCUGGGACAGAACUGUUUUAAUGAAGGGAAAUAUUACUGGGAAGUAAAAAUAAAUAUGGGGGAAGCAGCUGGACCUGUAACUAAAUGGGCCUUGGGCAUUUGCUCAGAAAUGGCAAAGAGAGUGGGGUGGUUUGUAGAAUGUCCAGAGAAACUUUUCUGGGCGGUGGAAUAUAAGGGAGGAGAAAUAAGGGCUCUUACCGCCCAACAAGAGUCUCUGUCACUGAGACAGUUGCCCCACAGGAUAGGAAUUUUCCUGGACUGGGAUGGUGGGGACUUGUCCUUCUACAACAUGGUUGAUGGGUCCCAUAUCUAUUCUUUUACUGGAAUCAUACUUUGUGGAAAACUCCGUCCUUAUUUUAGGCUUCAGGGUGCUGGCACAUCUUUGACCUGCUUAACUUCAGAUGAUGAUGAUAAAACCCAUCCUGACUGUUCUCUAAAGACCUCUGUAACUCAUUUCAGGAGUUAUGAUAUGGGUGUCUCUCAAGAAACUAGCACAUUAUUACCUCCCAAAACUCCAAGUGCCAGCAUCUCUGCUUCUGCCUAA